GUGGCAGAGAGAUUCGUAAAUAGCAACAAUGGAAAAUUACGUGCGCAGCAGUAGCACUUGAGGGGGGGAUGGGAAGAGAAACUGCUUGAAAACGAAGUGUGCUACGGAACUUUGCAGAAACUACCACCUCAAAUCACAGAAACACUCGACGCGAAGCAAUCAAUGGGCAAUGCUCAGUCACCUCCCAAUAACGACCAUCGAUAUGUUUCAGCAACCAGAGCUUUUACUCAAAAGGAACUUGAAGACUUGAGGUCCCUGUUCAAUCAUUUAGCUGCUCAAUCUCAGAGCAACGCCAAAUACAUAUCUCCCUCCGUUUUUCAGUCAUAUUUUAGACUUCAUGGCCCUCUCGGGGAGAGAAUGUUUGAUUUAGUUACUCAAGAGCGCAAGGAUCAAAGGUUAACCUUUGAAGAUCUCGUUGUUGCUAAAGCUACUUAUGAGAAAGGAACAAAAGAUGAAAUUGAAGAAUUCAUCUUUCGCUUAUUAGAUGUGUCUGGAGAUAAUUUUGUAGGGAGGUCUGACUUGGAAUCUGUUAUGGUUGUCAUUUUUAAUGAUAUAUUAUGCAUAAAAGGUUCUGAGGAUCAAUCAAGUUCACAUCCGGCAAUUGUCAACAUAUUUCUGAAAGCUGCAAAUUUCUCCGGGCAUAAUGAAGGGGGCACUGAGGAGACUAUGUCUUUUGAAGAUUUCAGAUGUUGGUGCACUCAUAUCCCAUCCGUGAGGAAGCUUCUUGGAAGCUUGCUUUUGCCACCUGAUUCAGGACGACCAGGUUCCCAAAUUCCUAAACUAUUGACCUCAAAGGCUAUUGAUUCUAACAUUACACUUUUGAGAAAGGAAUAUGCUUGGCAUAUUGGAGGAGCGCUUUCUCAGCAUGAACUGGAAGAUUGGAAGCUUUUGUAUCAUAGUGCUAUUAAUGGUCUUAGUUUUAAUACAUUCUUGGGCACCAUUUCAAACCAUGCAGGCCCAACUGUGUUAAUUUUUAAGGAUCAAGAGGGUUAUAUAUAUGGAGGGUAUACUUCUCAACCAUGGGAGAGGCAUGCUGAUUUUUAUGGAGACAUGAAAUGUUACCUUUUUCAACUAAAUCCAAAGGCAUCUAUAUUCAGGCCAACUGGAGCAAACAAUAAUCUACAAUGGUGUGCUGUCAGCUUCAGUUCAGAGGACAUUCCUAAUGGCAUUGGUUUCGGGGGAAGAGUCAACCACUUUGGGUUAUUUCUCUCGGCAAAUUUCGAUCAAGGACAUACAUUUUCAUGUUCUACGUUUGGUAGCCCUUGCCUCUCGAAGACUAACCGUAUAUUGCCAGAAGUAAUAGAAUGCUGGGGAGUGACUCAAGGUGUGGCACAAGACAAGAAUCAUGCCGUCAAGGGCACUGUUCUCGAGAGGUUUAAGGAAGAUCGCCACAUGCUCAAUAUGGUAGGACUAGCAAAUUCCAGCGAGUAAAAAGAGAGUAUUGCAUGUGUGUGAUAUAAUCCACCCAUUGCCGUUUGAAUAAUUGUUAUUUGUUAUUAUGCCAUCAUAAGUACCACUAACUCGUUGUUAAAUAACAUAUUGUGAAACCUUUUUUAUAUAUAUAAUUCUUAUAAUAUCUUG